UAGUAGAAGUGGAGGAAAUAUGUGUCUGUGCUUCUGCGAUCAUUUCCAGUUUUUGACCUGCAUUUUGUCACGAUGCGGGCAACAGUCUCGGUAAUGGUGAUUGUUAUCGGCCUGAUAGGUUAUUAUGUGUACGUCCCAAUUCCCAACACGGUUUCUGAACCCUGGAAACUGAUGCUCUUAGAUGCGACGUUCAGAGGAGUACAGGAUAUGUGUCAUCUGGUGCAGCAAGUAGGACUUGGUCAUCACCUCAAGGCUCUGAAUUUUGUCAUUACAAUGUUUGAGAUGCUUGCCCCUCAAUCAAGUGAAACAGUUGAAGUUUCGGAUACAUCAUUUGAUGGAGUGCAAGUCAGAGUGUUUGAACCCCAGAAGGUCGAUGGUGAACUAAAGCGAAGUAUUAUUUACAUACACGGUGGAGGUUGGGCUUUAGGAAGUGCAAGAAUGCGAUCAUAUGAUCACCUUUGUCGGAAGAUGGCAAAAGAUAUGAAUGCUGUUCUUGUCUCUAUUGAAUACCGUCUUGUACCAGAAGUUCAUUUUCCUGAGCAGUUAAAUGAUGUUUACAGUGCUACCAAGUAUUUCCUACAGCCUGAGGUUUUGUCCCAGUAUUCAGUGGAUCCAAAUCGAAUUGCAGUAUCUGGUGACAGUGCUGGAGGAAACUUAGCUGCUGCUGUAACCCAGCAGCUUGUUGUGGACAGCAGUAUCAAAUUCCAGCUCAAGCUUCAAGCUCUUAUAUAUCCAGUACUUCAAGCUCUUGACUUCAAUACUCCGUCCUACCAACAGAAUAUGGCUACACCUAUCCUAUACAAACAUGUCAUGGCCCGUUUUUGGCUAGAGUAUCUGAAUGGUGACCCAAGUUUUGUGCAGGCAAUGUUGGUGAACAACCACACUGCUUCAAACCUAAGUCAGUUGACUUCUGUCCGUGCUCACUUAAACUGGACAAACCUUCUACCACAAUCUCUUAUAAAAAACUACAAACCUGUUAUCCAGGUAAUGGGAAGUCCACAGGUUAUAAAGGCAUUGCCAGCAUUACUGGACCCGAGAGCAGCUCCAUUAAUUGCAGAUAAAGGAAUUCUGCAGUUAUUACCAAGAGCCUACAUCUUGACCUGUGAACAUGAUAUUUUAAGAGAUGAUGGAAUAAUGUAUGCAAAGCGUUUAGAAGAUGCUGGAAUAGAAGUGACUCUUGACCAUUAUGAAGAUGGAUUUCAUGGCGCCAUGAUAUUUGCACUUCCACCUACCAAUUUUGAUGUUGGAAACAGAAUCAUGAACAACUAUAUAAACUGGUUGGACAAAAAUUUGUAAACCUUUUAAUUGGGGUUGGGAAGUUGCAAUAAUAAAUGUUGUUGACUGCAAGCCAGUCUUUUAAAAUAAACCUACAUAUUUAUGCAAUGCAACAAACCAAUGCAAAUUUGUAUUCUAGAAUUACUGAAACUCUUGUUGGGAUUGAUCAGAUUGCAUGAAUAUUCUCAGUACUACUACAGAUCUUGUGUAAGAUAGGCAGAAAUUGCUUUGUUAACUCUUGGUAAGGUUUUAAAUAAUCACUAAGAUUUAUUUGUGUGUAAAGAAAUCUUCAUUAAAUCAGCAAUGUUUUGGGAUAAUCUUCAUUGUUAAUGGUGGAGUCUGCCUUUUAGGCAAACUGAAAAUUAAGAAUCCUUUUAAUAUAUAAAGGCUAUUUGUGAUCAGUGACAGUAUAGAGAUUUACCAUAUGUGUAUUUGAAUAACAAAAAAUAAUCAAACCAGGAGAGUUAUUUGAAAUGCUGGAACUGCAGUAGAACUCCCACAAGUUCAAAUUUAACAGGAUCAAAAUAAUUCUUUAGAUUUUAAAAGAACUAGCCUGAUGCAUGCUCCAGAUGAAAAUUUACUUGAAAUGAACUUGACUACUUCCUGUAACAGUUUAAAUGCAAAAUCCACCAAUUAUGUUGACUAGCUACUAAUUGAAGUUAUAGAUUAUGAUAAACCUCGACACUUUUUUUUCAAAUGCCAAAAAUACUCAUCUUCUCAUUAACAACCUAUACAGUGUCUGUCAGAAAUGACAUUUCCUUGUCUAGUAAGUUAACACCCACUUUUCAAGGAUCUUUCACUGCAGUGGGAUCUGUGGUGGAAUAUGCUGUAAUUCAUUCUUUUUUAAAAUGGCAGUUAAAAGCUUUCUAAACAGAAAAUUCUCCCCAGAAAUUGAGUAAUUUCAAGAUACUAAUCUCAUUCAAUGUUUCAACUGACUUAACAACCACUGAAAGUCCACCAUUUUGUUCUGCACCCAAACCACCUGGUAAGAUUUAUGCUUUGAAAUCACCUUUUGCACGUUCAGUAUCCUCUCUUUUCAACUUUUUCCAUCACAGUAUACAAUAUUUUUAUCUUGGUAAUAUUUGAAAUGGAUUUAUCAGGACUAUAUUACAGUAUUCAAUUAUUUUAUUGUUUAAUCAGUCAUACUAAAAAACAGUAUAUUUAGCAAUGUAUUGUGAGUUUGUUUGCUCUAAAUUGUUUUGUAAUACUCUACUCUUCUGAUCAUGCUGAUACGCUGUUUUAAAAAUGAUCAACUAAUUUGCUGUUUGGAAAAAUGUUUAUAGUGUUAGUUGUUUGGUAAAACAGUGGUGUUACACAAUUCCACUGGGCUUUGAAUGGGUGCAAGUUCUCUAUGUUUAAUACUCAGGAAGGCCAUCUUGGUGGCAAUGGUUGCCUUUGUGACAAUUGCGCUAUCUGUGCCUCAUAUAUGCACAUAAAAGAUCACUGGCUAUUGCAAGUUAAUUAGUUGCAGUUAAUUAGUGUAACUGAAAACCUGUACUAUAUAAAGUUUAUUGUUUACUGCCACUGAGACUAAUUCAUGUUAAGGUUACACAGCUUAGAACAGGUUUGGUACUGUUCUUGCUCAUUUAACCAUUUUCUUUACCUCCCCUCGCUGCACCCCACUCCACCCUCCAUAUCAUUUCCUCACCUUCUGAAAGCAGUGACUCAUUCCAGUAUUAACAGGGACAAUACAAUCAAGCUGAUCAUUUCCCCACCUGAUGCUCAUGGAUAUCUAUAAGUCGCUUCCUAUUGUCGAGGAGACUGGGGUCGAAACAUUUUUGAUAAUUUUUGACUUAAGUUUAAUUGUGAUAUCUUCCUUGACUUUAAAGAUCAGAGUCAUUAUGUGAGCAGUCUACUGCAUAGGCUUAGGUCUUCAGGCAGUUUUAAAUCAACUUUUAAUUAUCACUUGAACUAUACAUCAGCAUAUUGAAACUGAUUAAAAACCGUGAAAGAAAUUGAAAUUGCUGAGGAAAGUCAACAGUCUGGGAUUAUCAGUGGAGAGAAAGAAAAAAAGUUAACAUAUUUUGAGUCCGGUGACCCUUCUUCAGAACAACAUUUUUGAAAAGACGUCAGUGUUUGUUUUAGCAGUUAGACUUCUUGACAAAACAAACUUGGGUGUGGUAAAUCCCUAAAUUAGAUUUACAUUUUGUUCGGAAUUCCUAGUUUGGACAUGUAAUAUUUCCCUUUAGGAUGGGAUUACAUUGGGAAACAUGAUUUAUGGACAAGUGAAGUACAAAUAUUAAACAGCUAGUCAAACUCAGUGGCUAACAGUAAAACAGUAUUACAAUGCUAAAUUUGACCACUUUGGUUGGAAACAGAUAAAAUAUUAAAAUUGAUAAAAAUGUAAAUGCAGUUUAGAAGUAAAGUCUCUCUAUAUAUAAUGAUUUAUUAUCAGUUUAAUGUAACUGUUUACAUUUGUACCAACCACAUGCAGCAAUGAAGCUUUUGGUGUUAUUUGGUUUAACUACCAAGAAAAAAAACAAUUAUUUUAAGUAACUAUUGAAAGUAUUGUACAGUAUCAAGUAUGUAAGAAAGAUAUCAUUGCAACUUGCCUCUGGUUAUAUUAUUUGAAAAUUAUAUUCAACUUUAUAAAUUAAUGACAGGACAUGAGUUCCAACAGAACAAUAUAAGCAAACUAAUUGUGUGAGUUUUUUUGAAUGAGCUAUCUAUAUAAUUCAAGCACAUGUACGAUAUUAGAAAGUUUGCUACCUUCACAUUCCCAAGAUUGUGUAAUCUUGUUUGAAUAUUGGAUAUAUGUUGAAAAUUGAGGAUCAUGUUUCCACCUUAAAAUUUUUGAGCUCCUUAAGAUGAUUCUAUAGAUGAAGACCCAUCCAGUCACUUGAGCUGUCCGGACAAAUUAUUUUAAGUGGACAGGGUUCAAUAAAUUAAUUCCAUCUCUUUAAACUAGAUAGUUUGUUCAGACAAGCGAUCAGUGAAUCCCACAGUCAGACACAUGGUCAUUUAGACUUUACCAUUUAUUAUUUAAAAUGUCAUUUUAAUAAGAGGUCACUUCAAUUUUUUAAAUGGUAAUAGCAACAAAAGACAAAACUCUGCUCAAACAGGUGGAAAGUAGCUGGACAAUGGACAAAAUUUAAAUCUUUCCUUUUCCCAAAAGAGCCAAAUGUGAGUUGAAAAUUUAUGCAAUUGGAAUUAGAGUUUUCCAUUUGACUGUGUAUAUGUGCUGUGAGUUACUGUAUUAAAACUUUUCAUUUUUCGUUUAUUGUAUUGUGGCUCUACGCAAUGUAACGUGCACUUUA